AUGCAAUCCACAAAGAUCGUACUGGCAGGUUUGGUGCUCGCGGUUUGGAGCUGUUUUGUUACAAUCACAACUUCAGCUGCAUCAAGUUCGUGCGACCGCGUAACACUCGGAUCACAGUCGGCGACUAAGUGGACUGUCGGGUGCAUCAAUGAGGAUACUGCUACCGCAUCGUCGGCGUACUUCGAUCCAUUAUUGGUGAACAACUUCUACGUGGACAGUGGAGCGUCCGUUGUUGCAUCUGCAUCGGACUUGAAACUCUCGUCCACUUUUUCCGAGGUCGGUGUACUCGUUUCGCCUUCAGUUGCGGAUUUUUCGCUACUAGCUGCUUCAGGUUUCAAGCCGACCACCCCCGUGAGUAUUGUGUCCACAGCUUUUGCCGAGCUCUCUGCUCUCCAAUCUCUCCAUUUGGAGGGCAUUCCACUUGCUGAGACGGAUCUCCAUUUGAUGCUGCCAGCAGCCAUCCAGAAAAUCUCAAUCGUGGGUUGCGGACUCGACAGUAUUUCUUUUGAGUUUGCAGACAGCUCCACAAUAGGAACAUCGACCAUUUCCUUACUUGACCUUCGUCAAAACGAAUUCAAGGAAAUCCCAGUUUUCAUUUAUGAUUUACCAAGUGGAGUUUCUACCAUUGAUCUGCGAAACAACACUAUGGAUUUAUCGACCGAGACUUCUGCUCACAAGAAGCAGUUGAUCGAGUGGAUUAAUUCCCAGCUACUAUUCCUCGACAGUGAUUUACUUGCGAUGUUAGAUUCUUCCAACGAACAAGAGAGAGACUCGGUUGUGGGCACUGCGAAAGCUGCGAGUAACAAGACAGAAUCGGCUUAUCUCCCUUUGUCAACCUCGUCUGGAAGCGAGGAGAACGCCGCCACCGUCAAAGAAAAUAGCAGUGGGAACGUGCUCCCAAUCACCAUUCUAUCCGUCGCCAUCCCUGCCGUUCUGGUUGUCGGUAUCACGCUUGGUUUUGCCCUUCGCAAGCGCAGACGAUUCCAACAGCGAGACACGGAUGGGAUUCUAGAGCUUCCACAUCCUUUCGACAAGUCUACACGUGAACGAUCCGAGACUUCGGGACAUUUUACUGCGAUCGAGAGUGAACUUUCUAGGAGUCAAAUGUCAACUGGAGGCAAUCGAGAUGUCGAAGACCGGGACUCGUGCUUCAUCAUCCCAAUGUCCCCUACUGAUUCAGAGCAAACUCGGCAAACUUUGGCCUUUUCCAGUGCCAGCUACGUCAACUUGAUAUCUCCGUUGCAAGUGCCAAAACUCCAUAGGAAGAGACAAGUGACAAGACGUGAAAACGGCGAUAGCAAUCACUCUCUUGAGCUACUUACAACUUACAGCACGGCGAGUGCGACUCCAGCUCAAGUACGAGUCGCAGCCCGAAAUGCGCUCCGAUCAGCACUGGAGACGCUGUUAGCUACCAAAACCAACGAAGCUGGACAAGCUUUACUGACUGUAAACGCCUGUCAGUAUGCGUUGAACCGAGAAACCCAAAUUGAGGAGACUCCGCUGGCGUUUUUCGUCGACUGUCACCAUGUAGUCUCGCAGGAUUCAACUGAUCCUGCUCCCCUGGGACAACUCGUGCUUAAGGUUUUUAUCGAAGAAGACGCUGAUCUUGCGGGUCGUGAGAGUUAUGCACUAUCGUGUCUGCUGAACGAUGCUUUUUCUCGAGCUUUUGCGCCUCGGUUAGUCGACGACGCACUGGAAUACGAACUUAACGUCGGCUCUGUCAAGUUAAAUUGCUGUAUCUUGGUAUUGAAGCAACCUGACUGCACUACAUUACGUGGAUAUUCGAAGGCUUCUCGUGAGCCUACGGAACAGCAAGUGCUCCGUGUAGUGACUGCAAUUCACGCUCUACACACACGAGGUCUCGUACAUGGAGCACUGGACACAGACAGCCUUGUGGCGUGUUCACCGGACGGACGUUUGAAGUUCUGGGGUCUUGAACAUGCCUCGAGAGCAGGACAUAAAGUUCCCUGUCCAGAUACGGAUCUGAUUGGUGUUUGUCAAACGGAAUGUAUAGCACCGGAGCUGGCUGCUCUUACUCUGGAUGAGAUAGCAAGUUGUCGUACUUCGCCUUCACUGGAUAUCUGGAGUCUUGGGGUGAUUAUUCUGAAGUUAUACGCUUCUGGACGUCAACUAGAAGAGUUCAAGGGCUGUUUAACAACUCACGAUGUGUUUGAACAUCUAAGUAUCGACGGAGAACAACCAAAACCUUGCUUUUUUGAGCGAUCAAUUACUCAAUUUGUGCCGAACGACGACAUGCAAGACCUAUUGCGCCAAUGCUUGAACCAUUGUUCGACAUCGAGACCUUCGAUCGAGUCCAUUUCUAAGCAUUCUGUGUUUGAACCCAAGGAACGCGAGGUGUCACGACUGACUUUAGUCACGUCUCGAAUGCUAUCUGCAAUUAUUGAAGAGAAGGAGCUGCUCUCUUCAUGUGAAUCAAGCAAAAUUCUAUUAUCUGGAGGGCCAGAUCGCGAAAAUAACAGUUACGAUCAAGUAUCCAACGAACUCGAGGCGGAACUAACGAUUUCUUGUGACAUCACUCCGGAGCCUUUGCCGCCGAGUUUGUGGCUAUUCCUACCGCCUAAGGAGCUCGAAAUUGACUUGACACAACGUGCCAGCUUCUUCUCGGAAGAUCAAUGGGUUUCUAAACUCAAGCGACUUCAGCAACAACGUGCAGAAGAACUGCGUUUUCCACUCGUCUUUAUAUGCGAGUCGAGUGAAUCUGGCAUUGCUAUUCCGUGCAGUAUCGCCACUACUACGAAGUAUGGAGUGAGUGUAUCGUCCUCGUUGCUGUCUCUGGUGAUGCCGCUGGUACGAGAAACGAUGCUAUUCCUCGAGGCGCGUGCAAGUUUGUCGAAUGGAUUAAGUGUUGAGGAAGUUAGCGGACUUUCGGGGCCUCGGCAAUGGGAAGAACUGCGAACGUUUUACAGCGCAUUGGAACACAUGGAACUUGCCACCGUAAACCCCGUGAACGAAAUGGAACUAGCACCAAUGGAGCAGCAAUUACAAUCUCGAGAUCGGCUGAAGGCACAGGAAGUGCUUGACAAACUUACCGGUCUCGUUUUCAGUGAGGACAAGCGCGAACACGUUCGGAACCUGCUGGAUGCUUUGGUUAGUGAUGAAGACCAUUUGACUCGAAAUGAACGCAGCAGCUGGGCAGCUUUACGUCGCUGCGAUGUAUCUAGCGAGAGUACGGAAACAAUAAGCCGUACGCGUUGGUUGUGCAGCCACCACGCACCACAAGAAAGUUAA